AUGAACAAUAUGGCUGAAGUUUCUGCUGCUCUACCGAAGAUAAGAAUUUACAGUUGCUGCAGUUGCAAAACUCAUAUCGCAUUUCAUAAUCAUAUCAUUCCCGGAGACUUUGUGGGUCGACUAGGGCGUGCUUUCCUACUCUGCCAUGCAAUCAACAUUCGGGUGGCGAAGAGCCAACGCCGGCAGCUGAUGACGGGGGUGUAUACGGUGGCGGAUGUCUUCUGCAAAGAUUGCAACAGCAUGUUGGGAUGGAAGUACUUAAAGGCCGAAGAAGAUUCGGAGAAGUAUAAGGAAGGGAAGUUCGUUCUUGAGACAUUGAAGGUCGCUGAGGUCGAGGAUUGA